AAAAUAGUGGAAAGAGAAAGAUUAACCAUUAACUCCAGCACCAGUUUCGCCCACAAAACCAGCCUUCAUUUCAGUGCUUCAACCAAACCUUGACCUUUCCAUCCCUUCUCAACCUUCAUCUUUAUCAGAAAUGGAGUGCAUGGAAGCAAGAGCAUUGAAAUCGAGGGAACUAAGGGAACAGGGUCCGAAAUCGACCCAACAAGCUUUUCUUGAGGAUUUUUGGUGUUUGAAUGGAGCUAAUGGGGUUCCAAGUGAUGAUUUUUCUGUUGAUUGUUUUCUUGAUUUUUCCGCCGGAGAAGUUGAAGAUGGAGGGUCCGUCGAAGAAGAGGAGGAAGAAGAAGAAAAGGACUCCCUUUCUGUUUCAUCUCAGGAUAACAACUCCAAUUCGGCCGGUUUCUCUUUGGAUUCUCUCCUCACCGAUGAACUCUCUGUUCCGACUGAUGAUGUCGCCGGCCUUGAAUGGGUAUCUCUAUUUGUCGACGAUUCUCUGUCGGAAUUUCCCCCGUUGUGCUCGUCUAGUAAACAGAAGACGGACAGCCAUGCAAAACCCGAACGAAAUAAACAGAAGACCGACAGCCAUGCAAAACCCGAACGGAAACCCGUCUCGGUAAAACUGCCGUUCUUUCUUUUACGAGCUCCGACCAAAGCAAGAACCAAACGACCCAGAACCAGCGGCAGGGGCUGGUCAGUGGAUUCGGACUUCUUGACUGAUUCAUCGUUAAGGUGUUCUCGUUUCAGUGAGCCACCAACGAAGAAACAGAAGAAAAAGCAGGGAGCGCAGACCGGUGGGUUACAGGGGGGCUGCGCCGUUCAGCGGCGGUGUAGCCACUGUCAAGUCCAGAAGACUCCACAGUGGCGAACCGGUCCGCUAGGUGCCAAAACGCUUUGUAAUGCAUGUGGGGUUCGAUACAAGUCCGGUCGUCUCUAUCCGGAGUACAGACCGGCUUGUAGUCCAACGUUUUCCGGUGAUAUUCACUCGAAUAGUCACCGUAAAGUGUUGGAGAUAAGGAAAAGAAAAGAAAAAGAGUUAGCAGUGGAACCCGGUUUGAACCCGGUUCAGAGUUUUUGAGCCCAGUGUAACUUUUGUUAAAGGUUAGCUUUUGGUAGUAGUCCUAUGGUCCUCAUGAUUAAGUUUUUAGAAUUUUAGCCUAAUUCACUCGUAUGGUUCGGUUCUAGGGUUAGUUUUUUAUUUUCAAGUUAAAAAUGUAUUAAAUUUUAAAAUAGUAACCUUUAAGUAGGGAGAUAACUUUAAUA